CCCUAAAGCAGUAUAUAUACACUUGUGUGUGGUGUUUAUUUGACAUUCAAAUCCCUCCAUCAUUUUAUUUCAUGCCAUAAAAAGAAAGACACCUAGUUUUCAUAUAGUUCUUUAUACCUACAAAUCCAUGGACUCUCUCCCUGAUGAUCCUCAAGAGCAACAACUUCUUCAAAGAUGGCCAACUUUCACAGAGGCCUUUGAAGAAGUGAAGGCCAUUGGAAAGAUCUCAGGCCCAACAGCUCUAACAGGGCUGCUCCUAUACUCAAGAGCUUUCAUCUCCAUGCUCUUCCUCGGCCGCCUCGGAGGCCUCGAACUCGCCGCCGGCUCUCUCUCCCUGGGCUUCGCCAACAUCACCGGCUACUCGGUCAUCACGGGCCUCGCCUUGGGAAUGGAGCCCAUUUGCGGCCAGGCCCACGGUGCCAAGCAGACGGCACUACUGGGCCUGACCUUGCAGAGGACCGUCCUCCUCCUCCUGUCGGCCGCUGUCCCCAUCUCUUUCCUGUGGCUCAACAUGUACAAGAUCCUCCUCUGGUGUGGCCAGGACGAGAAGAUCUCGGGUGUCGCCGGGAACUUCAUCGUCAUGGCCAUCCCGGACCUCUACGUCCUCUCCCUCCUCCAUCCUCUGAGGAUUUUCCUCAGGAUGCAGGGCGUCACUCUCCCAGUGACGUCCUGCUCUGCCGCGUCUGUCGCCGUCCACAUCCCCCUGAACAUCCUCCUCGUCCGCCGCUUCCAAAUGGGGGUGGCCGGAGUCGCCGUAGCCAUGGUCUUGACCAACCUCAACCUCUUCAUCUUCCUCUCCCUUUAUAUCUACUUGUCUAAAAAGUACAGAGACUAUUUUUGCCACGUGGCUAUAAGCAGGGAGUGUUUUAAGGGUUGGUCAACGUUGUUGACCAUGGCAGUCCCCACGUGCGUGUCCGUGUGUCUCGAAUGGUGGUGGUACGAGCUGAUGAUGAUGUUGUGUGGACUUUUGGUCGUCAACCCUAGAGUCACACUUUCGUCCAUGGGUAUCUUGAUCCAAACGACGUCGUUUCUCUACGUCUUCCCCUCGGCCCUCGGCCUCGGGGUGUCGACCAGGGUGGGGAACGAGCUGGGCGCCAACCACCCAGCCCGGGCCCGCACCUCCAUGAUCGUCUCGAUGGUGUGGGCGUUCGGGCUUGGCGCGGCUGCCAUAGCGUUCACCACCCUGAUGAGCCACAAGUGGGCGAGCAUCUUCACCGCGGACGUGGAGGUUCUCGAGCUGACGGCCGCCGUGCUGCCAAUUGUCGGGCUCUGCGAGCUCGGCAACUGCCCGCAGACGACCGGGUGCGGGGUCCUCAGGGGGACCGCGAGGCCGGCCGUCGGGGCGAACAUAAACCUGGGCUCGUUCUACGCGGUGGGGAUGCCGGUGGCGGUGGUCUUAAGCUUCGCGACGAAGAUGGGCUUCGCGGGGCUGUGGCUGGGCCUGCUGGCGGCGCAGGCGUCCUGCGCCGCCCUCAUGCUAAUCGUGCUGUGGAGAACUGACUGGAAAGUUCAAGUGGAAAGAGCAAAACAGUUAACACAUCAGUCUUCAUCGUCCUCUUCAUCAUCAACACUUGAUGAUGAUGAUCCUAUUAUUAUGAUGAACACAGGAGAAAAAGAGGUCUUGGAAAUGGUGGUGAAGCCGCAGGAAAGUGUUCCUCUGAUUUGCAGUGAUAUAUAGAUGAUGAAUGGUUGAAUUAUUGCUUGUUUUUCAAUAUGAAUAAUGUUAUGUGUUGUAAUGAAUUCCAGAUCAGAUG